AUGUCUGAUCAGGGUACCCCAAAGAACGCGGAGGCAGUCGGCCCAGUCUUCAACCACCUGCCGUUCCGCCCCGCCAAUUUCGACCAGUACAAGAGGAUGAUCACGAAGACGCACAAGUUCAAGGCUCACUUCGUCUCGGCCACCAUCUCGCUUCACUCUUGCUGCUAUCUCCUUCGGAAACACACCAUCCAGCUCGAUAAGCUUCUUCGAGGGCAAGCACUCGCCACCGCCACCUUCUGCAUCAACGAUCCGCGCCAUCUCGAGCUUAAGACCGACGUCUUUUUCCGUUCAGCCCUAGUGGAGGUUCACGAGAAAAGGCUCCCCAUAAUCCGAAGCGAUGUCAGGGAACUCUUCGAGGUGCUCUACAAUCACUACUUGAAGCUUGCAGAUGUCGUGUACAUCCCCGACAUUGUCGAAGUCCACUUGGAGAAUGCCAUGUCCGAGGCGAUGGUAAUCAUCGACAGAAUCGACGCAGCCACGAUGAUAUACAUCAGAUUGAUUACGGCCUACCUGGCACCUGUCAUUGGCCUAGAGAAGGUUGAUAGACUAGUCGAUCACUGUGCAAGGAAGUUCGGCGAGUACAUGAUUGUUGAAGAUUUGGACAUCUAGGACAAUCAUGGGUACA